CCGUAACGUAAACAUGUAUCGUCAAUAUCAUCAUUUAGUUAAAACGAAACCAGUUAUUGAUGAAAUUUCUUAAUAUAAAUGCAAUGUUUGAUGUCUUAUUGUAGCUUUGUUUCAAUAUUUUUAUUGAUGUAAAUAUGUGCCAAGUUGAAUAACUCUAAACAUCGUCAAAGAAUAGCUAGUGCUUUAGAUAGCUAUGACACAUAUCUUUUAUGUCAAGAAGGGUUGACGGUCAAGAAGCUAUAUAGUCUUAUAGAUAAUAUAACAAGUUACAUAUUAAUGUUCUUAGGCUAUGCAAGCAUAUAGUUAUAGCCAAUACUGUCAAUAAGCAUGGAUAUGUCUGAGAGACAGUGUAACUGUUUUAUUUUCCAAGUAUUAUAGAAAUGAAUUUAUGUUCAGAAAUAAUUCUGACAUAUUUGAAAGACCAGUGUUAAGUGUCAUGAAAUCUAUAAUAUCUGCAUUAACGUUUCAAGUUAAUAACUGAAUUUACCAUCACAAAACAUACCUUCCCCGAAGAAACCUUAGCUGACAAGCAAAUAUGUCAGGGGGCAAUAACGAGACCCAGAUGGGACGUCGAACCUUGUGGAACCUUCAGAGUAACCUCCCUGUAAACUUUGUACGAAAUCAAAAUGUUCAGCAGCAUGUCGAACAGGUUGUACGAGGCGUGAUUCCUGGGGGAGCACCACAGCCAGAAUAUCAUCCUAACCCAUACCUGCAGCACAUUUACAGUCGUCAUGCCAGCAGACAGGAUGGCGAGGCUUCAGAGCCGUUUCAUUCCUUGGAGGCCCAACUGCAGGAGGUUAUUAGCCAAAGUGAUUUAAACGAUGGUCACACCCACAAUCAACAACAACAAGGAAUGGUAACCUUACCACAUGAACAUGUACAUGGUCACACCCACAAUCAACAACAACAAGCAAUGGUUACCUUACCACAAGACUGGAAGGCCAUGUUUGGUUCAUUUGCAUUCAUUGUGAUUCUGGUUUUGAAACUGCUGUCCAACCAUGUCCUAGGAAUUCUUGUUUUCAUUGGCCUUACAAUGGUUUUCCACUAUUCCAACACCAAGGUGAUAGAGAUUGUGCAUAUAACAUCGUUGAGAGAUAGGAACCACAGCAAAAAAGUGUUCUGCUCAGCUUUGUGGGUAGUUCUAUUUUUAGCAGCUCAGGCGUUUGGAAUAUACUACUUCCUCAGUGAUGAGCAGUUGCAUAAUAUAUUACACUAUCAACUUCCGGCUUCAUGGAUUGGAGAUAUAUUUCACCUGAUCUGGGUUACCAUGGUCACAGACUACAUCAUCCGCUUUGCGGCUAUAUGUCUUAAGGCAGUGGUCGCAGUAACACCUCAAGUAUGUCUGCUACAAAAAAGAAAGGGCAAGUAUUACAUGAUGAUAGAGGUUCUCAGUCAGCUGUACAGAGCCACCCUACCCAUAGUGCCAUGGUGUUACUUCCUGUAUGUCCCUACCAAGACAUGGUUCUCGGCUGUGUUAACAUUGCUGUACAUAAUUGCAAAGUGUAUCAAUCUCUACAGUACUGCUGCUAUGGUCAAGAAGGCAGUGAGAGUUUUCUUCUCUAAUACGAAAUUUGGUGAAAAGCCGUCGGCAGUGGAAAUAAAGUCUCGCGAGGAGAACUGCCCCAUAUGUCAAGACGACUACCAGGACCCUGUCAUGCUGCCCUGUAAGCAUAUAUUCUGUGAGAACUGCGUGUCAAUAUGGUUUGACAGAGAGAAGACAUGCCCCAUGUGUCGUGCAGAAAUUCAACACGAGGAUCCAGUGUGGCAAGACGGGUCAACAAGCAUUCAUCUGCAGUGGUAUUGAUGUCAUGAUGCCAUAAUAAAUUAUGUAAACAUGACCUUUGUCAUGCAAAAAAGGG